CUCUCAACUCGCUGCAGAUCAAUUAUGUUAAGAGAACAUCUGUAAGUAGAGCUUAAUGAGGUCCAUUAGAGCAACAUGCGCUGCCUUCCCUAACGGUGCUUGUCAGCUUCUUGGAUAUGCUGGAGUGUGCUGCUGACUGGGGACCUGGUGGAGAGGCUUAAAUAGGAGAGGAGGCACGACUCUCCGCUGCUCUUGCCUGCCAGAGAACCAGAGACACACAGACAGACAGGGGAGGGAGAAGGUGAGGAAGCAGCAACUGGGUUGCCCAUGUGAGCCUGGUCCGGGACGCUCAGAGCCGCAGAGGGAGCAGAGUUUUAGGGGUGAUCCGACAUCCCAACAACUUGAGCGGAGAGCCAACUGUUCUCUAACUCAUGUUGCCAGGUUUCUUUAGACAAUCUGGAGUUGAACAAGCUCUGAGAAAGUUGCCGCGUGGACACUUUGAUUCAAAGUCAAGAGAACAGAGAAGAUAAACACCGCCACACCGACCGUGGGCAUUUGUUUUGGGCACCUCUGGCUGUACUUCAAGUCGCUGACGCAUGGGGACGCCGGCCUGAUCCCGCACUCUCCCUGCAUGCUCCACGGCCGGCGGAUGGACACCUGUAGCUGGGUGGUAUCCUACAAACUGUUUGCUCGGAUCCAUGUGGAGCUCAUUAUUUCCAUCCUGAAGAUCAGUGCGGUGCCAUGAUUUCGGUUUGGUGAACUUUUUCUGCUCAAAGGGGAUCUGUAGCUAGAACCCACUGCUGGAGUUCAGGUUCUGCUUAACUUGCUGAGAAAGGUAUACAAAUGCUCUCCGUCCAGCCGGACACCAAGCCGAAAGGCUGUGCCGGCUGCAACCGGAAGAUCAAGGACCGCUACCUGCUGAAGGCCCUCGAUAAGUACUGGCAUGAAGACUGCCUCAAGUGUGCCUGCUGUGACUGCCGGUUGGGCGAGGUGGGCUCCACGCUCUACACCAAAGCCAACCUCAUCCUGUGCCGAAGAGACUACCUACGGUUGUUUGGUGUAACGGGCAACUGCGCAGCUUGCAGCAAGCUAAUUCCAGCCUUCGAGAUGGUCAUGAGGGCCAAGGAGAAUGUCUACCACCUGGACUGCUUUGCAUGCCAGCUCUGCAAUCAGAGGUUUUGUGUGGGAGACAAGUUUUUCCUGAAGAACAACAUGAUCCUUUGCCAGACAGACUACGAGGACGGGCUGAUGAAGGAGGGCUACGCUCCCCAGGUCCGUUGACCCUUGCAUGCCAACAAGGAGGAAGAGGGGGAGUGAGAGAAAGAGAGAGACUGCAGGAGACCUUGUAAUCACACAACAAAAAGCACUAUUGCCUCCUGUCCAGCUCCGGUCCCCCACAUGUACAUAACUAAGCAAGCCUCCCAGGGAGGGGACACACUGCUGUACAGAAUAGCCAUAGAAACGCCAGUGUGGCAGGGAAAGGCCCUGGAAGCCUACAACAAACUUCAAGUAUGAAAAAAUUUGUUUGUUCAUUUCUUUGUUUGUGACUUACGGAUGUUGCCUCUUUCCUGACAACAAAUACCUGCCUCAGAGCAAUUUCUAACCAACAGCUGAUCCCGGUGGUUGGGAAAAAAUAAAUUAACCAACCCAAAAUCAGUCUUGCCUCACCUUAUCUGACAAAGACAGACAGCGUCCCACCCGACUGCACAGUCCAACAACUUCUACUUGAAUCUAAAAUACACUAAGGUAUUGUCAAUCAAUUUUGGGAUAAAGACCUUUUUACUGUAUAUCAGAUUCAAAACACGAAUGUAAACUGAAGAGCAGCAAAAAUAAUGCUGAUGACUGAUAUGUUGUUGUGUGUGUGUGUGUGUGUGUGUGUGUGUGUGUGUUGAGGACUUCAGUCUCUUGAGUCUUGGUCUGAUCCAUAUAGUUCUUUUCAGAACUUUAUGAUUGAAAAAUUGAUCACUACAGUAUCUCCAUGCUUGCAAAUCUCCUGCAUUGUCCAUCAGGCAAAGACUCAGGAGUUUGUGAAAGAAUCAGUGCUUUUCUCUGGAUGGAAGAAAUCUCUCAUCACUUCUCAUAAUCACUACCUAAAUAUAUUUGACCACCAUGUCUCUUGUGGACCAAUGACCCUUUUUCUGGUAGCACCAUUUCAGAAUCAACAAGUAAAAGUGUAAUUGGCUAUUUUGAAUGUCUACUAAAAUACCUUUGUUGGUCAAAGUUAGCGUUUUUGAAUACAUUAGAGCUGCACUAAACAGUAAUUGUUUUUAUAUAAACAAUGGAAAAAAUUACUAAACUUAAUGAGAAAGUUGUCUCUGGAAGGGAUGAAUACAGAAUUGUCACCUGACUUUCAGCUCUUUUGAGCUUUUUAGCCUCUAGCCUGUUCAGCACCAAACAGCAGUCAAAGUUAGCAACUAAGCAUCUAGCAGCUAAAGAGACAGAUAUUUUUCACGUGAGUUGGUGGAAACCAAACCAGAGAUAAAAGGAGAGUAAACACUCUGGUGGUCUUCCAUCCAAGAGGUAGACACAAACAUGAGUCUAAUGAGAUGCUAAUGUUGCUGUGUCUGCUAGAUGUGUGAAAAGGCAAGUGUUUGCUAACACAUUAGGCAACAACUUUAUACCGAGAUAAUACAGUAUGUCAGAUUUUAUGUUUUGAGCUUGCUCUACUGCCCCCAAGUGGCCAAAAACAAUUAAAGCAGCUUUGAACUUUAUGGACCAGGAUUUAUGCCUGUUGACAAACACCUGGGUAUGAGAGACUAUCUUUCAUGGGGUGACAAGUCAGUUCUAUUCCUGAAAUGCAUUCCUCCAGAGCUACUUUCAGCAGCCAGUUUGGACUGUGACUCAAGGCUCUGUUCUUGUGAAGGAAGGCUGUGUAUUUUUCGCUGGAGACAGUCUUUCUAUUUAUUAAAACCAUGCAUUCACACUGGUCCAACUAAAAUCUGUGGAAAUGUUUGUGUGCAGGUUGUUGAAGCAGCUGUAGUGGGAUCAGUAGGGGAUGGUGGGGGUUGGUGGGGGAUGGUUACUUUUUGUGCACUAUUUAUUUGAUAAGCAUUCGGUGCAUCACCUGUUGUCCAAAAUGUGACAUUGUUUGAUAUGCUGAUACUUGAAUCCAAUCAUUGAUUUCUCAAUCACUGUUUGGCUUAUAUUGAUUCAUUUUCGACACAGCUUUGGGUUCAGUUAAUUGCACUCUGCAGCAGGUCAGUCACCUUAAGAUCCAGUCAUCUCGGUUACAAUGGCUCCCUGCUGCAGAAGAGUUAAGUCCUUUUCUGCUGAGAAAAAAAACAAAACUUUGUAUAUUAAAUAUCAGCAUCUGAGCGUGUGCAACAGCUCAAAGAAAAAUUUCUUAGCUGGAAAAUAAAAAACCCUUCUUUAAUUUGUAAAUUGUGGGUGUACAUAAAAUAAAUAUUCAUUUUUGCUUGCUAUUGUACAAUGAUUUCUUUUUAUGUGUCAUCCAGCAUGAGAUGUUUAUUUUUAGGCCAACACUUGUAAAUACUAUAAUUGUAAUAAUUUUAAGCACAAAUGUAAUACAGUUUUAUUGUGUUACCAGUGA